AUGUUUAAAGGUCGUCUAUGGCGUUUUUUAAUAUUCUUUUUUGUACUGUAUUUAAUGUUUCUUCUCGUUUUCUUUCGUUCAUUUAAUUCUGAUAAUCAUGAUAAAACAACAGUAUCAUCAGCACCUCAUGCACGUGUUAUUAUUGAUGAUUAUCAAGAACAAAAUCCUAUUGAACAUCAUGUGGCUGCACGACAAGUCGAAACCAAUAAACCAUCUAAUUUAGAACCUGUAAUGACAAAAGGUGUAUUAGGAAAUUAUGAAACAAAAAACUCAGUUAAAGUAUCGGGUCCUGGUGAAAAUGGUGAAGGUGUUCACUUACAUGGAGAAGAUAUUCAACGAGGACAAGAAUCUGUUGCUGAGUAUGGUUUUAAUGAAGUAGCAAGUGAUAAAAUUUCAUUGGAUCGAAUUGCACGUGACACGAGACCAGAAGAAUGUAAAUAUUGGAAUUAUCCAAGUGUGGAUAAAUUACCAACAGCAUCUGUUGUUCUUGUUUUUUAUGAUGAAGGAUGGUCAACAUUAGUACGAACAUUUCAUUCUGUUAUUAAUACAAGUCCAAAAGAAUUAUUAAAAGAUAUUAUUCUUGUUGAUGAUUACAGUGAUCAAGAACAUAUAACUGUUCGUCUACCGGAAUAUAUUAAAAAAUGGAAUGGUCUUGUAAAAUAUGUUCGAACAAAUCAACGAGUUGGACUUAUUGAAGCUCGUGUUAUUGGUGCUCGUGCUGCUGAGGGUGAUGUUAUUGUAAUCUUAGAUGCUCAUUGUGAAUGUGUAACAAAUUGGUUACCACCAUUACUGACUCGAAUUGCAUUAAAUCGUAAAACUUUAGCUGUACCUAUUGUUGAUGGAAUUGAAUGGAAUACUCUUCGACAUAAUACAGCUUAUGGUGGUACACUUUAUAGAGGUAUAUGGGAAUGGGGAUUUUUAUAUAAAGAGACCGAAUUACCAGAACGUGAACGAAGUUUAAUGAAAUAUCAAACUGAACCUUAUAAAAGUCCAACUCAUGCCGGUGGUCUUCUUGCUAUUGAUAAAAAAUGGUUUUUUGAAUUAGGUGCUUAUGAUCCAGAUAUUAAAAUUUGGGGAGGUAGUUUUAAAGUAUGGAUGUGUGGUGGUCAACUUGAAUGGGUCAGUUGUAGUCAUGUUGGACAUAUUUAUCGAGGACCACGUCGACGUAGUAUGCAUCCUCGCGGUGGAAAGAUUCAUCAAAGUCAUAUAAAUCAUUUGCGUGUGGCUGAAAUUUGGAUGGAUGAGUAUAAAGAAUAUUAUUUACGUCGUCAACCAAAUCAUGCUCGUCUUGAUAUUGGUGAUACAAAUGAAUAUAAAGCAUUACGAAAACGUUUAAAUUGUUCUAGUUUUAAAUGGUUUUUGGAUAAUGUGGCUUAUGAAAUGGUUGAAAAAUAUCCAUUACCACCAGCAAAUCAUGUUUGGGGUGAAAUGCGUAAUGAUCAAUAUCAACAAUGGUGUGCUGAUACACUUGAUAAUCAAUUUGGUCGACCUAUAGGUAUAUCUGGCUGUCAUCAUCAAGGUGGAAAUCAAUUAUUUCGUAUUAAUGUAGAAGGUGAAUGGUCAUCGGGUGAACAUUGUUUUGUAUCGGAAGGAAACUCUGUUAUUGCAAGACAUUGUGUACAAAUGGGUCGAUGGAUUCCGAAAGGUGAAUGGACUUAUGAUAAUACAACACGGCAAGUUCGUUCGACAAAAGUUUAUAAAUGUAUAGUAACUAAUGGUAAAGUUUUAUCUCUUGAAACUUGUGAUGAGAAUAAUAGAUCACAAAAAUGGACAUGGACAGAAACUUAUGUUGUAUAA